CAUCUUGAAUAUUGAACUCUGAUGGUCUCUCUUUUUCGCGCCUGUCACAAUCUAUUAUAAACACUUAAUUUUUUUCACUGACCCCUCGUACCUCGCCUCAUUUCUUCUUUUUUAUUCCGGUCACCGCUUUAGACAAAGGUUCAUCAGUCUUCAUGCUGGGUGCUGGCAGUAUUCCGCUGUCUUAAUCGGUGUGUGUUAAGUGUUUUGCUGUGGCAGAAGACAUUUCUGCUUCAUGUGUCCUGCACAUAGGGGUUUGUCCAGUUUCUAACACCUGUGGUGCCUGUAAUGGGCCUGAAGUCCCAAAAAGUACAAGCAUUAUUUUAUUUUUAAUCAGAGUUUUUACCCUCUGGUCUGCUACACUUGGCACUAUGUUUUGGAAGUUUGAUCUGCACACGACAUCUCAUAUCGACACGCUCCUGGAGAAGGAUGACGUGACGCUGACAGAGGUGAUGGAUGAGGAGGAUGUCCUGCAGGAGUGCAAGGCUCAGAACCACAAACUCGUGGACUUCCUGGUCAGGCCGCAGUGCAUGGAGGAUCUUGUGGUCUACAUUACCCAGGAGCCCAACGACGAUGUGGAGGAGAAGAUCAAAUACAAGUAUCCCAACAUAUCCUGUGAACUCCUGACCUCAGACGUUGGCCAGAUCAAUGAUAGGCUUGGUGAAGAUGAAAAUUUACUGCUGAAACUCUACAGCUUCCUACAGAACGAGCCUCCCAUCAACCCACUGCUGGCCAGUUUUUUCAGCAAGGUCCUGAGCAUCCUCAUUGGGAGGAAACCGGAGCAGAUCGUGGAGUUUCUCAGGAAGAGGGAAGACUUUGUAGAUCUUAUGAUCAAACACAUAGGGACCUCGGCCAUUAUGGACCUCCUGCUCAGGAUGCUCACCUGCAUUGAGCCACAGCAGCUUAGACAAGAUGUAUUAAAUUGGCUAAAUGAAGAGAAAAUUAUACAGAGGCUGAUAGACAUGGUACACCCAUCUCAGGAUGAGGAAAGACACUCAAAUGCAUCCCAGUCACUAUGUGAGAUAAUUCGACUGAGCAGAGAUCAGAUGUUCCAGGUCCAGGGCUGCUCUGAGCCAGAUCCCUUGCUGGCCACACUGGAGAAACAAGAGACAGUAGAGCAAUUGCUGUCUAACACCUUUGACAAAGAGAAGAACGAGUCUGCUAUAGUCAGUGUAAUCCAGAUACUUCUAACUCUCUUUGAGACACGGAGACCAGCUUUCGAAG